AUGUUCUCAAAGGUCGCUAUUUUCUCUCUUCUGGUAGCAGUAGCACAGAGUAGUGCUAUCCAUGGGGCUGACUACAACAGCUUCUCCUACGGUGUAUCUGAUCCCCACACCGGAGAUGUAAAGAGCCAACACGAGACCCGUGUGGGUGACAAUGUUGUGGGACAAUAUUCCUUGCUGGAAUCUGAUGGCACUCGCCGUACUGUAGACUAUGCUGCUGACGCCCAUUCAGGAUUUAACGCCGUUGUACGCAAGGACCCAGCUCUCGUCGCCCACGCCGCUCCAGCAGUUGUUGCAGCACCCGUAGCACACGCAGCUGUUUUUGCUGCUCCAGUUGCUCACGCAUCCCCUCUUGUCCAUUCCGCUCCCUUGGCAUUGGCUGCCCAUGCCGCCCCUGUUGCAUAUGCUGCCGGUCCCUCCGUGUCACACUCCGCCUACUCCACCUCUGUAUCCCAUGGAGGAAUUGUCGCUCACGCUGCGCCUCUUGCCCAUGCUGCUGUAGCAGCUCCCCUUGCCUACGCUGCGCCUUUGGCUCAUGGUGCUGUUUUGUCCCAGGGUGCCCUCGCCGGCCCCCUUGCCCAUGGUUUAGCAUAUGGCGCUUAUGGACUCGGACACUACUAA